AUGACUGCUCGCAUUGGUGCAGUUACGAGCGCUCGCGAAGAAUCUCAGGUCAAUUCAACGAACGGGGCCACUCCGGAUGUGACCAAGGUCUCUCCGCCAUCAACUUCAACUUCCAAGAGACGCAGUAAAUAUCGCCAUGUAGCUGCAUACCACUCAGAGGCUCGUCAUUCUAGCCUCAGUCGAGAGGCUGAAGUGCUUCCCAACUUCCUGGGGCUUCGAAAUCUCAUGGUGUUGGUACUUGUGGCGAUGAACCUGCGAUUGAUUAUUGAGAACUUCAUGAAAUAUGGCGUGCUAAUCUGUAUUAAAUGCCAUGACUACCGCAGACAGGACGUUGUUUUGGGGUCUAUUUUGUUUGCCUCGGUUCCGUGCCAUUUGCUCGUGGCAUACAUCAUUGAACUUUCAGCCGCUACUGCAGCUAAGCAGACAGUUGGUCGUCAGAAGAAGACAGAAAAGGAGAAAGAGCACGACCAAAAGGUCUUCCAGUCGACGUGGCCGUACACUGCUUUCCUACACACGCUCAAUGCCACGCUAUGUCUCACAGUAACCAGCUUCGUGGUGUAUUUCUACAUCCAUCACCCUGGCAUUGGGACAUUAUGCCAGCUACACGCACUCAUUGUAUGGUUAAAGAACUGCUCUUAUGCCUUCACAAACCGAGACCUUCGCCUCGCUAUGCUCAAUCCUUCUGCAGACCCGGGCUUGCCCGAAAUCUACUCCUCGUGUCCUUACCCAAGAAACAUUACCAUCAAUAACCUGGCCUACUUCUGGCUGGCGCCGACGCUGGUGUAUCAGCCUGUUUAUCCGCGCACGGCAUCCAUCCGGUGGUCUUUUGUUGCAAAGCGCCUUGCAGAGUUCGUGGGCCUGGCAAUGUUCAUUUGGCUUCUGUCUGCGCAGUAUGCUGCGCCAGUUCUGCGCAACUCGAUCGAUAAGAUCGCAGUAAUGGACCUUACAUCCAUUUUGGAGCGAGUCAUGAAACUUUCCACGAUCUCGCUGAUCAUUUGGCUUGCUGGUUUCUUUGCAUUGUUCCAAGCUCUUUUGAACGCUUUGGCCGAGGUCAUGCGGUUUGGAGAUCGCGAGUUCUACACUGACUGGUGGAACAGCUCCAGUCUGGGUAUGUAUUGGCGAUCUUGGAACCGACCUGUUUACCUGUUCAUGAAGAGACAUGUCUACUCGCCGCUGGUGGGCCGUGGAUGGAGUCCUCUGGCUGCGAGUGGAAUGGUUUUCACGCUCUCCGCGAUUCUUCAUGAAAUGCUUGUUGGCAUUCCCACACAUAACUUCAUUGGUGUCGCGUUCUUUGGAAUGAUGUUCCAGCUGCCGUUAAUUGGCCUCACCGCACCAUUGGAUAAAAUGCGUGGGCCUGAAGGCAGGGUCAUCGGCAACUGCAUCUUCUGGGUCAGCUUUUGUCUAGUCGGACAACCGCUUGGAGCGCUCCUGUACUUCUUCGCUUGGCAGGCCAAGUACGGGAGUCCGCUCUCUCACUUCAUUUCCCCGGUUAAUCUUCUCAUAAUGGUCGCAUUCAUUGUUCCUGGCAACUACGGAGCCGUCAUUGCCGUGGCCCUCGGUGCCAUCCCUGUUUUGGGCUUUAUUCACGGCAAUGUCACUGGUAGCCUGCGCAAGGCGGCCAAGGUGCCCUACCCCCACAGCUAUGCCUCCAUGGAGCUAUGCAAGGAAAACGCAAAAGCUGAGCAGUUCAACUGCGCCCAGCGCGCCCAUGCCAACUUCCUCGAGAACGCCUCGCAGACAAUGCUCUUUACCUUGGUCGCCGGUCUAAAGUAUCCGGAGUGGGCCGCUGGUCUGGGCGCUCUCUGGGUUUUCUUCCGCGUUCUCUUCCUCUACGGCUACGUUUACUCGGGCAAGCCGCAGGGUAAGGGCCGCUUCAUGGGCGGGUUCUUCUGGCUUGUGCAGGGUGCUCUUUGGGGAUUGAGCAUCUACGGUGUUGGAAGGCCUCUGCUUUCUUUCUAA